ACUUAUUAACCUGUUGGACUGGUAUCAGUUUAACAGAAACGGUCGGUUGAAGAAGACACGUAGAGGCUCGGAAGCCUUAACAGGCUUUAAAAAUGGGAGUUUUCCUCGUUUUGUGCUCGGUGUUUCUGCUCGCUGCUGCGGUACCUGCCUGGAGCGAAAAACACUCUCUGUACUACAUAUAUACAGCUUUAUCCAAACCUGUCCAAUCGCCGGGCAUCUAUCAGUUCACUGCUAUGGGUCUGCUAGAUGACAGAGAGAUUGACUAUUACAAUAGCAAGGAACAGAAAAAGAUUCCCAGACAGCACUGGAUGAAGGAGAAAAUGCAGGAGGAUUACUGGGAAAAGGGCACCCAGUCCAGAAAGAGCAAAGAACAGUGGUUUAAUGUGAACGUCGAUAUUCUGAUGAAACGCAUGAGACACAAUGAGUCAGAUGUUCAUGUUCUUCAGUGGAGACAUGGUUGUGAAAUUGAGAAAGAGGGAAGUGAACUGAAGUUUUCCAAAGGCAUUGAUGAGUACAGCUACGACGGAGAGAACUUCCUGUCUUUUGAUGAUAAGGAGUCUCAGUGGAUUGCUCCUGUUGAUGCAGCUCUUCCAACCAAGAGGAAGUGGGAUAAUGUGCCCAUCCUAAACCAGUACACCAAGGGCUACCUGGAGAAAGAGUGUGUGGACUGGCUUAACAAGUUCAGAGAAUAUGGUGAUGAGGAGGUCCAAAAAGGCUCUCCUCCAGAAGUUGAUGUGUUUGCAAAAAGGUGCACCAGUGACAAAACCAAAGUCAAACUCGCAUGUUUUGCCACUGGCUUUUACCCCAAAGAUGUGAUAAUGAGUAUAAGAAAAUAUCGCUCACCCCUGCGUGAGGAUGAGAUUGAAUCCACAGGAGUCAGACCAAACCAUGAUGGGACCUUCCAGCUAAAGAAGACUGUGAUUAUCCAGGAGGAUGAAAAAGCAGAAUAUGAUUGUUUUGUGUUUCACAGAACCCUCAAAGAACCGAUUAUCAUUAAAUGGGAUGGAAAAUGCCAGGACUGCACUCAAGAGAGUAUGAUGAGCAUGGUGAUCGGAGUAGUGAUCGGAGUCGUGCUUAUGCUGGCAGUCGGUGGAUUGGUUUACUUCUUAUGGAGGAGGAGACACAAUGCUGGGCAAGGGAGUGCUAAUAACAGAUCUCUGGACAGAGAAAUCAAAUGUGCACAUCUAAAUGUUUUGCCUAAAACAGCAAUAGAAGGAAGUCAGCCUGGUUCUGACUCUGACUCUGGUAAAGGGAGUUCUGAUCCAAGUCCAGACAGCAGUACCACUAACUCUCAGGAGGCAGUGAACCUCGUGACCGAGACCUCCAGUGGUCAAAGCCAGCCUGCAGAAGCACAAUCACUACUACAACAGUCUUCAGAGUGAGAGCAUCACUGAACAUUUGUAAUGGUGGAUCUGUGGCAUUUUUCAUGGUCAAUUCUGACAGUCCUGACAAUCAUUUAAUUUUUGGAGGUUGCUUGUAGUUAAAUACAAGAAUAAAUUCUCUAUAGUUUUUCAUAUAAUCUGGAAUUUUUAAACACCUUGCUUGAGAGAAGUAUGACCAUGUUAGAUAUUUUCGACACUAUCAUUAAAAAUAUUUGAUAGUUCCAAUACCAGUGAAAUUAUCUCAUUUAACUAAUAAUUAUCUGGAAUACUCUAUAAAAAAAGAGAUAUAUUAUUUUAUACUCUUGAAUGUCUUACUGUUAAAAAAAGUUAAAAUUGUGAUUGUUUUACCUCAUUUGAUUGAUUUUGUUUUAAUACGCUUCAUACAGGCAAUGAUUACUACAAUCAUUCUUCAUGAUACCAAAUGGUUCAGUGGUAUCAAUGAAUGCCUGCUGGCUAUGUGGGAUCUAUUUAUUCUUAAUAGGCCUAUAUAUAAUAUAAACAUGUUUUCACCUGUUGUAAGAAAAAUCAUUAGAUUACAUCUGUUUCCACUGUCAGAAUGGACUGUCUAAAUCUGAUUUCUAACAUUUUACAUAGGAUUUCUUGGAAAUAAUGGUACAGCCUUAUGUUUUGAUGUUUCUAUAAAUGUAUGCUAAUCUAAAACUUGUUGAAUACACUCUGUCUUAUAUGUUAAGAUUUUGAUAACAUCAAAUAAAACCAACAGGAAUAACUUGGGAGAAAUAA